UCAGCCGCCGCAAUUCAGGGAGAUUCCUGAGAUCACCGGCAGCAUUUCAUGAUGCGACCUGCACACACGCAUAGACGACAUGCGUCCUUGCAUCAAUUAUAUUUCAUCCGUGCGUGCGGUUCUCUCACGGCAGCCACGAGUGCGAACAGACAGGGGGACACCAAGCCAUACUCCCGUGCAAUGCAUUCAUCGAACGUGGUCUGUCUACUUACCACGGGCGGAUACCACCUUGCUCACCUUCUACAGCGGUAGGUGAUGGAAACCUUGCUCACCCUCUACAGACACAGGCGUACACACCGAUGGAUGGAUGGAUGGAUGGAUGGACGGCCGGCUGAUCCCCUUCCUCUCAGUCAGCCACUCACUCACUCACUCACUCACUCACCACACUGAGUUUGCGGCCAGGCGACCAUCCCAGGGCCUUGACCACUUGCGACUGCUCCUGCACAGCACACAACAAGCGACACACACAUCUCCCGCCUCCCUCACACAUGCCUAUGCGGAUGGGUGCAGCGCACACUGACCUCUGCGGUCGGCUGCUCCUCCUCCUGGAUGACCCCUAGGGCCUGCAACUCAGCACCAUUGACGAAAGGCCGUCAUUGAUAUGGCAAAGCGGCGAUCAAGAGCCUCCUUUCCCCCCCACAUCGCUCGACCGCGCCGCUUGCCAUAUCGGCUGUUUGGGACAGCCGGCGCAGCAUCCGUCUCGGUCGUUUGCAGCUCGAAGCGGAUAUCGAUGAAACGAGGGGGACGAGGCGUCGCCGUCAUAGCCACAACGCUUUCGAUGUUCUCGCCAGCACGGAGCCCACUCGUGAAAACAUCUCGAGUCAGCUCCCUUGAGGCAUGUAUUGAGUCGAUAUGACGCUCUGCUACAAUGCCCUCGCUUUCGGGAAUCUUCUCGGUCAU